AUGACAUCUCCAACGACUUUGCCAGAAUCCGUCACGCCGACUAUCAGCCUUCCAACAAACGAAAACGGGUCGUCACGAUCUACAGACAGUACACAGAGUUUGCGAUCUGAUACGCGCCGGAUAUCUUUUAUAGGAAGUGACCCGCCGAGAAGACGAUCUGCGCAGUCCAGUGGUUCGGACAGUCAAGCUGUUCCUGAGGGUAUGAUUAGCAAUAGUGGCAGGCAGACCCCAGUAGAAGGCAGGCCACCGAGAAGAAUUUCGUCUCCUCCGCCUCCCAGCACUUAUCAGCGUGGUGUUUCGUUCGAUACUUUCGAUAAUCGAGAUGCGGCCGACUUUUCCUUUACGUUAAACUACAAGCACAAAAAUUACCAGGCUACCAGACGAAGUCGCACGUUUCUAUGCGGCACAGAUCAGAACGACUACUCGGAAUUUGCCCUAGAUUGGUUAAUCGAUGAGUUGGUCGAUGACGGCGACGAGGUGAUAUGCCUACGAGUGGUUGAGAAGGAUUCAAAAAUUGCUAGCGAUGCCAGCCUCGAUGGCGGCAGGUAUCGUAAAGAGGCGGAGAAAUUGCUCAACCAAGUUAUCUCUAAAAAUCAACAAGAUGAGAAGGCUAUCAGUUUGGUUUUAGAACUCGCAGUCGGCAAGGUUCAAGAGAUUAUCCAGCGAAUGAUUCGCAUCUAUGAACCGGCUAUUCUUAUUGUGGGAACGCGAGGGCGUAGUCUAAGUGGCAUGCAGGGCUUGCUGCCUGGCUCGGUGUCCAAAUACUGUCUUCAACAAUCGCCCAUUCCAGUCGUCGUCGUGCGCCCCUCUACCAAGCGUGAGAAGAAAAAGAAGAAACGUCUUGCCGACCCAACCCGUCGCAGCUAUGGCAAUAUACUUCAAAUUAGCGAACAGCAAGGCAGCGGUUUAUUCAACAAGAAAGUCAGCUCGGAUACCAAUGUGGCCAAACUUCCCGCAGAAGAAGCAGCGGCAGUCGCUGAAGCGGUGGGGCUUCCUCGACGCUUUCAACAUGCACACACGGGCAGUGACUCUAAACUGUCCACUACCAGUUCAAAUACAGAGGAAGAUAAUACAAAAGACGGUUCGCGCACACAGACACCUCAACCGUCACCGGAAAUGGAAGAUGAAAAUGCCGGUCGAGUACUCAAGAGCCCUGGACUAGGUAACUUGGAUAGUCCACCGGAAAGCGAGAGUGAGAGCGAAACAGAAUCACGAGGUAGAAAUCGGUCGCCUCAGGUAGAGAUGAUAAUGCCUCUCGACACGCAGGGGAAUGAUGACGACAACGAAGAAGAAGACGAGGAGGCUAUUCAGCGAAUUUCGAGCAAGCUACAACUAGCUGACGGAUCAUGA